CACGCUCAGGUGUGCUGGAGAGCCCGGGGGAACACACCUGCACGACAGGAUCAGGGUAGGGGGCAGUGAGGGACCCCCGCGCCCUGCCCAGGACGGGCGUCCGCGUUGCAGCCUCAAGCUGUGGGGGCAUCUGUGGGCCAUGGGGGCCACACAGCACCCCUGUGCUCUGCGUCUCUGGGGAGCCCUGCUGGUCCUCAGCCUCCUCCCACUGGCGCCUGCUCAGGCCACCUCUGAAAUCUGCAGCAGCAUGGACAUCCGGAACGACGCCUCACAGCUGCGGAAGCUGGAGAACUGCACCAUCGUGGAGGGCAACCUGCAGAUCCUGCUCAUGUUCACCACAGGCGCUGAGGACUUCCGGGGCCUGAGCUUCCCGCGCCUGGUCAUGGUCACCGAGUACCUGCUGCUUUUCCGCGUCUACGGGCUGGAGAGUCUGCGUGACCUCUUCCCUAACCUCUCGGUCAUCCGUGGCACCAGCCUCUUCUUCAACUACGCCCUGGUCAUCUUCGAGAUGCCGCACCUGCGUGACAUCGGCCUCCACAGACUCACCCACGUGCUGCGUGGCUCCGUGCGCAUUGAGCGCAACCAGGAGCUCUGCCACCUCUCCACCCUGGACUGGGGGCUGCUGCUGCCUGAGGCAGCCCUGGAGAACAACUACAUUGUGGGGAACAAGCUGGCUGAGGAGUGUGCUGAUGUCUGCCCUGGCAUCCUGGAUGUGGAGAAGCCCUGUGCCCAGACCAGUGUCCAUGGGCAGCUGGACUAUCGCUGCUGGACCUCCAGUUACUGCCAGAGGGUGUGCCCAUGCGGGGCCGGUGGGGCCUGCACUGUGACGGGGGAGUGCUGCCAUGAGGAGUGCCUGGGGGGCUGCAGCCGGGCACGGGACAGCGGGGCCUGUGUGGCCUGCCGCCACUUCCGCUUCCAGGGACGCUGCCUGCCCGCCUGCCGCACCUACCAGUACGAGGGCUGGCGCUGUGUAACGGCCGAGUACUGUGCCAGCCUGCGCAAGGUCUCCGAGAACCCGCGCGAUGCCUCCAAGUUCGUGAUCCACCAGCACCAGUGCCUCUCUGAGUGCCCGCCUGGCUACAGCCGCAAUGAGAGCAGCAUCUUCUGCCACAGGUGCGAGGGGCUGUGCCCCAAGGAGUGCAAGGUGGGCACCAAGACCAUUGACUCCACACGGGCGGCACAGGAGCUGGCCGGCUGCACCCUCCUCGAGGGCAGCCUCAUCCUCAACAUCCGCCGGGGCUACAACCUGGCCUCUGAGCUGCAGAGCAGCCUGGGGCUCAUUGAGACCAUCACAGGCUUCCUGAAGAUCAAGCACUCCUUCGCCCUCGUCUCCUUGUCCUUCUUCAAGAACCUCAAGCUCAUCCGCGGGGACUCCAUGGUGGACGGGAAUUACACCCUGUAUGUGCUGGACAACCAGAACCUGCAGCAGUUGUGGGACUGGGGCCACCACACGCUCUCCAUCCCCGUGGGCAAGAUGUACUUCGCCUUCAACCCCAAGCUCUGCCUGGCUGAGAUCUACCGCAUGGAGGAGGUCACAGGCACCAAGGGUCGGCAGAACAAGGCCGAGAUCAACCCCCGCACCAAUGGGGACCGCGCCAGCUGCAAGACCCAGCGGCUGCGCUUCGUCUCCAACAUCACUGAGUCCGACCGCAUCUUCCUGCAGUGGGAGCGGUACCGCCCCCCUGAGUACCGCGACCUGCUCAGCUUCAUCGUCUACUACAAGGAGUCGCCCUUCCAGAACGUGACGGAGUACGUGGGCCAAGACGCCUGCGGGGCUCACAGCUGGAACGUGGUGGAUGUAGAGCUGCCCCUGCACAGCGACCAGGACCCCGGUGUGGCGCUGCUGGGCCUGAAGCCCUGGACACAGUAUGCCCUCUUUGUCCGCGCCAUCCCCCUCACCACGGCGGAGGAAGGCCGCAACUAUGGGGCACAGAGCGAGGUGGUCUACAUCCGCACCCUGCCAGCAGCCCCGACGGUGCCGCGGGAUGUCAUCUCCAUGUCCAACUCCUCGUCCCACAUCAUCGUGCGCUGGAAGCCGCCCACGCAGCGCAAUGGGAACAUCACCUACUACCUGGUGCUGUGGCAGCAGUUGGCCGAGGACGCCGACCUCUAUGUCAACGACUACUGCCACAAAGGCCUGAAGCUGCCAACUAGCAGUGCAGACACCCGCUUUGACGUGGAGGGCAGUGAGGGCCCCGAGGGUGAGGAGGCGGCUGAGGAGCGGUGCUGCCCCUGCCACCCAGCCGACGGGCAGCUGCACAUGGGCGGUGAGGCCGUCUCCUUCCAAAAGAAGUUUGAGAACUUUUUGCACAACUCGAUCAUCAUCCCCAGACCCCCCUGGAAGGUGACAUCGGUGAACAAGAACCCGCAGAGGACCCCGAAGAGGCGUCGGGACAUCUUGGCUGUGACCAGCCCUGGCCACGCGCUGCCCAAUGCACCCUCCUUGGAGCCCCGGGGGAAUCUGUCGGCCCUGCAGCGCGGGGGCAUGAGCCCCAAGGCUGAGCCCGACUUCCAGAUCUUCGAGGACAAGGUGCUGCGGGACCGGACGGUGCUGUCUCAGCUGCGCCACUUCACUGAGUACCGCAUUGACAUCCAUGCCUGCAACCACGCUGCCCACACCGUGGGCUGCAGCGCCGCCACCUUCGUCUUCGCCAGGACCAUGCCCAAGCUGGAAGCAGACAACAUCCCUGGGAACGUCACCUGGGAGCCAGCCAGCAAGAACAGUGUCCUGCUGCGCUGGGAGCAGCCGCACAAUCCCAAUGGGCUCAUCCUCAAGUAUGAGAUCAAGUACAGCCGGGAGACCGAGAACGUAUCCACAGUGGUGUGCGUCUCCCGGCACCGCUAUGCAAAAUAUGGCGGAGUCCACCUCGCCCUGCUUCAGCCAGGGAACUACUCAGCCAAGGUCCGGGCCACCUCGCUGGCCGGAAAUGGCUCCUGGACCGGCCUGGUCAAAUUUUACAUCCUGGGCCCAGUGGAGGAAGAGUCUGGGGGCAUCUAUGUGCUGCUGACUGUCAUGCCCAUCCUGCUCAUGGUGCUCAUCACCUGCCUGGCUGUCUUCGUCUUCUUCUACAACAAGAAGAGGAACAGCGAUGGGUACCCCAGCGGCACACUCUACGCCUCGGUCAACCCUGAGUACUUCAGCACCUCCAACAUGUAUGUCCCAGACGAGUGGGAAGUGUCACGGGACAAGAUCACGGUGAUCCGGGAGCUGGGACAGGGCUCCUUCGGCAUGGUGUACGAGGGCAUUGCCCGUGGCCUGGAGAAGGAGGGCGAGGAGACCCAGGUGGCCCUGAAGACCGUCAAUGAGCUGGCCACCAUGCGGGAGCGUAUCGAGUUCCUCAAUGAAGCCUCCGUCAUGAAGGCCUUCAAGUGCCACCACGUGGUCCGUCUCCUCGGCGUGGUGUCACAGGGCCAGCCUGCCCUGGUCAUCAUGGAGCUGAUGACCCGCGGGGACCUGAAAAGCUACCUCCGGUCUCUCCGCCCUGACGCUGAGAACAACCCCGGGCUGCCGCCGCCCUCGCUGAAGACCAUGAUCCAGAUGGCGGGGGAGAUCGCCGAUGGCAUGGCAUACCUGAACGCCAAGAAGUUCGUGCACCGUGACCUCGCUGCGCGCAACUGCAUGGUGUCUGAGGACUUCACCGUCAAGAUUGGAGAUUUCGGCAUGACCCGGGACAUCUAUGAAACGGACUAUUACCGCAAGGGUGGGAAGGGGCUGCUGCCCGUGCGCUGGAUGUCUCCCGAGGCCCUGAAGGACGGGCUUUUCAACACCCACUCAGAUGUCUGGUCCUUCGGCGUGGUGCUGUGGGAGAUCGCCACGCUGGCCGAGCAGCCCUACCAGGGCAUGUCCAAUGAGCAGGUGCUGCACUUCGUCAUGGACAACGGCGUCCUCGAGCGGCCUGAGAACUGCCCUGAGAAGCUCCACGAGCUGAUGCGCUGGUGCUGGCAGCAGAACCCGCGGCAGCGCCCGUCCUUCACCCAGCUGCUGGGCCGCAUCCAGGACGACAUGAGCCUGGCCUUCCGGCGCCUCUCCUUCUUCUACAGCUCCGAGAACCAGCGCCGCGGCUCCGGCGAGGCCCCUGACGCCGAGGCUGAUGCACUGCUGGUGGAGGAGACCCCCUGCUCCCCCAAGGACCCAAACGUGGGCCAGGGCCGGCCGGGAGACUGCUCGCACAUGAACGGGACAUCCUGCCUCUGAGAGCCCUGCCCAGCCC